AUGCUUAGACGCGUCGCUGCCGAGUAACGCUAACUCUUAUCUUUGACGCUUCUUUAUCAAUAAAAAGGCAAACCCCUCUUUCGAUUCACCAUCGCUAAUUCCAAAUCCCUCUUUUCUCUUCCGCAAAUUUCUAAAUCUAUUUCUAGAGCCUAGUCAUCAACUUUUCCCCUGAAAGAUGGGAGGUGGAAAGGACAAACAUAAUGACGAAGACAAAGGAAUUUUCUCACAUCUCGCUCAUGGGGUAGCUCAAGCUGCUCAUGGGUACCCUCAUGGAGCCUACCCUCCACCUCCGGGGGCCUACCCUCCCGGUCAUGGGUACCCUCCACAAGCUGGGUAUCCUCCGGCUGGUUAUCCCCCUGCCGGUGGCUAUCCUCCUGCUGGUUACCCUCCCGCUGGUUACCCUCCUUCUGGUUACCCUCCCGCUGGUUACCCUCCACAUGGUUAUCAUGGUUCAUCUGUUCCACAUGGAUCACAUGGGCAUGGACACGGCGGAGGUAUGGGGGCAUUGCUCGCUGGCGGUGUUGCAGCAGCGGCUGCUACGUAUGGGGCUCACCACGUUUCCCAUGGCCACUAUGGUUAUGGACACAUGCCCCAUGGGAAAUUCAAGCACCAUGGGAAGUUCAAGCAUGGAAAGUUCGGUAAGCAUGGGAAAUUUAAGCAUGGGAAGUUUGGCAAGGGUAUGUUCAAGAAGUGGAAGUGAUUAUAUUCUGUGUAUAAUAUACAAACUGCCAUUCUAGAUGAUGUUGCGGAUUGCUUUUAUAAAUAAAAUCUACUUUGUUUGAUGUCUAUCAAUACUUCGGUACAACUCUAAUAUUCUUUUAUCUAGACAAAGAUGUAUCACCCUGUUCAUAUUCUACAAAUAGAUGCACUGGAUAUUAUGUGUGAGCUUGCAUUUGCUGCCGCAGCAAUAGAGACGGAUGAUCCCCUCAAUCUUUACUCUUUAAAAUAUACUUAUUAUAAUAAAUAUGUAAUUAUUAAGAAAAUUGUUAAUUUUUUUUUUAAUUUGUUUGAGAUCAACUAUUCUUGUUAUAACUGAGAGAUCACAUGGAUUGUUAUAACUCUGAGAUGUGAUACAUUCUAUAUUGUUGGUGAACUUUAUGAUUUAAAUAAAAUAAUAUUUAUAUGUUA